AUGUUCUCGCAUGAAGGCUUCCUCACAAAUCCUCUUUGGAAUGACUUCAACUCGUCACAUCGGAUGCAGAAUUUGUCCAUGGAGGCUUCAUCAUUCACAUCCUUACUCCAAACAGAGCCAAAAUCAAUUGUUCAUUCCCAACUUAACACUAAUGGAGUGUUGCAUGAUGGUUCACUCUUUAAGAUGGCCACGAGGGAUGUUUAUGAGGUAAGCUCACUACCGUCUAGGUUUCUUUGUUCUUCUCAAAAGAUUCACCCCUUCACACCAAGUACUAUGCAGAAGCAGCUGAAGAUACAAGAUGAAAGAUUAUCAAAUGUUUAUCCAUAUGGUGUACCUGCCCCUGCAUCUCCUGCCAUGCAAUCCUCACAUAUUCAAAGAGAAGAUAAAAUCCUUCUAGUUGGCCCAAAUGGAAUUUCUGAUAGUGCUAUUAUGCAUGAUUCUACAACCCCACGUAAAUACACAUGCAAGAUUUGCAAUGCCACAUUCAACACAUCUCAAUCAUAUGGUGGUCACAUGAGUUCGCAUAGCAAAGCAAGGAUGAAAAGCCGACAAAGUUGA